AUUGCUAUAUAUAACCAUCAGAGUUUCCCAUCAUCGAGUGUAAAUGCAAUGAGCUAAAUAAAACAAGAGGAAGAGAAAAUCAGAAAAGCUUAGCCAUUUAUUCCUUGGUAUCACAAAUCUAAGUGUGGUAAACUCUGUAGGUAGAACUAAAUAUUUAGAGGGGGAGAGUUUUUCUGUUUGUGAUUCAGAAAUAAGCUAGCAAAGGGCAAGAAAAUACAAUGAUUUCGUCUUUUCCUGCCCUUCUCUUGUUUUGUGCUUCAUUCGUGUUCAUCGGCGCCUUUGCCUCAGAGGAUCUCCCACUGUAUAAUUAUUCAGAAGUAGAAAAAUGGGGAAGCAAGCACCCAAAUUACACAGCUUGCUCUACCGGCAAGAGGCAAUCCCCUAUUGAUAUCAACACCAACGACGUUGUCAUCAACAAAAACAUGCAACCUCUGACUAGAAACUACCACAUUUACAACGCUUCAUUGUCCACUGAUGGCAUUGAAGUUGAGGUUGUAUUUACUGGUCGAGGAGAUUUGAUGUUCGAUGGAGAGACAUACAAGUUGAAGCAGAUGCAUUGGCAUACUCCUUCAGAGCACCGCCUUAAUGGUGUCCAAUACGCGGCAGAGCUACAUCAGGUAUAUGUAGCUGCUGAUGGCAGCCGGUCUGUUGUAGGGAUCCUUUUCGAGUAUGGCAAACCUGAUCCUGUUCUUACCAUGCUAAAACCCCAGUUGGAUGAAUUAGCUAAAGAACCAUGUCAAGAUCAUGAAAGAAUAGUGGCGAUUCCAAGGUUUGAUUCAAGAUUCUUGAGAAGGAGGCCUCGCAAAUAUUACAGAUAUCCUGGCUCUCUCACUACCCCUCCUUGUGAUGAGAAUGUCAUUUGGAAUGUUAUUACCAAGGUGAAAUCGAUUUCAAAGGAUCAAGUUGAAGCUUUGAAGGCUCCUCUUUGUGAGGCCAAUAAGAUCAAGAAUGCUAGACCAGCACAACCACUUAAUGGAAGGAGGGUCCAACUUUAUGAUGGCAAUUAGCAAGGAGUAUAAAUCUAAGUUGUAACGAACCUUUGCUGGUAAAUAAGUCAGUUAUUAACUAAUUCAUGUUCAUUUAACUUAGUCAAGCACGAGAUCAAGCCUGAACUUUCAUCUGAGCUCAAAACUUUGCUCAAGUUUUGUUUGUUUUGUAGUUAUUGUGUUAAAGCUCGGCUUUUGAACACCUUGUAUAAUAAUCAAUCCGAGCUCAUAAACUAUUUUUGUUCAUCCAUGAGCUUCAAUUUGUAAUACUUAUAUAGCUUUGUUAUCAUUUAUAUAUAUCAAUAUCAUAUUUUGAUUGAUUGAUUUUGGUAUCAAUCAUUUGUAAUA